CUAGUAAAUACAUCAGUAUAAACCUCCAUUUUGAUUAUUUUCAUUUUUCAGCAUGAGCUCUAGUCGAAGUUCUGGUGGUUCUAGAAGAGGUAAAAGAAGAUUGGAGACGGGGCCAGAGCCAUCCCAAUCCAGUCAACAGUUAAAUGAUUCUUCUACUCAGUCUGGCAGAGCAGUAGCAGCUCGUCAAGAAUGGGAUACAAUGGAUUCUUCUGAAAAAUCAAGAAAGGUAAAAGAUCUUGUUCGUUACUUGGUAUUUGGUAGUAGUCAAAAGAUUCCAGUGAAACGAGAUGAACUGCUGAAAAAUGUGUUGGAUGGAGCUUCAAGAACUUUACCUUCUGCAAUGCAAGAGGCAAAUAAAAUAUUACAAGAAGUAUUUGGAUUGCAAGCUGUUGAGGCUAAGAAAGGAACACAAACUGUAUAUUUAUUAAUCAAUUGUCUUCCUUCUGAAACCAAAGACAAAUUAAUUGAAAGGUCUAAUAAGGAGUUGUCACAGAUAGGACUUUUGGGAGCAAUAUUAAGCUUUUUGAUGAUGAAACCUCAAGGAACUGCAAACACAGAUAGUAUAUGGAGUGUGCUUAACUGUUUGGGAUUGAUUCAAAAAAGUCAGUAUCCUGAAUUUGGAUUUCACAAAGACAUCCUGAGUCCUUUUGUGGAGCAAGGGUAUCUUGAACAAAAGAAGAGGGUAAUAGGAGAAGCAAGUGUUUUUGAAUAUCAGUGGGGUCCACGUGCUAAGCUUGAAGUUGACAAAAGACAGCUGCUUAUGACAAUGGCAGAAGUUCAUGGUGAUGAAUUUGAUAUAUGGGAAAAGCAGUUUCAAGACUUGAUUUGAAUGGAACUGAUUCCUAAGCUGACAAUAAAACAAUAAUUAUCCUCUCAUAUCAACCAGCAUCAAUUAAUUACUGUUAUUAUUAUUAA